AUGAGUAAAAAACAUCUAGUUGAGGAGAUGAUUACGAUAAGGGAAGAAAUGAGACAUAUCAAUAAUAGAAUGUUAACAACAAACUCCUCAAAAAUCUUUGAGUUUACACCUUUAUAAAAUAGAAAUCAAAAGAUCAGGAAAUAUUGUUAUUAAUUGGUUGCUCUAAAACCUAAAUAAUUCAAGAAGUAUUUUGUAUCAGAAUAAUACAUCCAUGAAUUAUUGAAUAGAAUGGAUUAUGAAAAACUGCUUCAAAUAUCAUUGAAGUUUAUCGUUAAACAUUUAUAGAAUUAAGAAGAUGAAUAAAGUUAGCGCUAUGAAUCCCCUUCACCCACUAAUAUUAAAGACGUUGAUAGAGUCACGAAGAUAAUCAAGGAUAUUGUUUCGCCCAUAAGAACUAAAAUAAUUUCAUAAGCCUAAUUUUUUGAUCAGCAAUUAAAAAGUAUUCACAAAUCCUGCCAAACCCAACCUUCUACUUUUGAAACACAAUCAAAGAAUAAUUUUAAUUUAGGCAUUCGACAAUAAUCAUCUAUAUUAUCCUCUAUAUAAUAGGACAAUUUAAACUCACCUAAAUUUAAUGAAAAUAUAAUAAAUGCCAUUGAUGAGAUUUCUUUCGAAAGAUCCUCCAUUAAAAAAGACAACCAGAAUCUUAAAGAGUUCGAAUAAAAAGGGGAUCUUCAAAAUAAUUAAUAAUUAAGUCACUCUUAAACAAGAGAUUAAAAAAUGAAUUAUGAUAUUAGCGUAAUAACUACUCCAAAACAAAAAGAACUAGAUAAUUAUAAAUAGACAUUGAAUACCAGUAUGAAUAGUUCAUUCAAAGAUACAAAAAGAAAAUUUCAAAACAAAUCCAUGUUGUAAUUGAAACAUCUCGAAAAGUUAGAAGACAAAAGAUUUCCUAAGAAAGAAGUACCAUCUACUAUGCUUUCUGUUGAUUAUGUGCGUAAGAGAAGAAAAACACCAGAAAAAAAUAGAGGGUUUAAUAUCAUUACAAAUUAUUGA